ACAAAAUUCUGCACGUGAAUAGCAUAUCGAUUUUACGAAUUCUUAGAGAGUGACUCAGCCAAGUCUGAGCGGGUGGCGGUGAAUGCGCUCACCACGUUCGGAAGUUUCAGACUUCGGAUGCCAAACAAUAUCAGCCCAGCAACAUUCUUGUACAGUUCUCCGGCACUCGCGUGCAAAGACCCGAGAGACAGAUUCUAUGGCCUUCUAGGACUCUUUGGAGAAGUCCUAGUCGAGGUUGAUUAUAACAAGUCGGUGUUCGAAGUUUACAGGGACAGUGUGGUUCAGACAGUCACCGAUAAACUCCAUGUGCUAUCGUAUGUAUAUCACGGGCCCGUAUAUUCUCGUAUGGAAGACGUUCCAUCAUGGACUCCGGAUUGGGAGGCAUUUCAAGGACCAAGACCCAUGUACGGCCUCCAAUAUAAGAGUGAGUGGGCCAGUCAACGACCAGUACCUGAGUGUGACCUGGUCUUAGCCAACGCAGGGAUUCUGCAGCUGAAAGGUAUACUGUGUGACAUAAUCACCACUACUACUGAAGCUCUGCACCUAGACGACCCUCAUGGAAAAUCGACAAUCUCUCGCCUUCAGGAUAUACUACUGAAGCUUUGGCUGGAUGCUCCAAUCUUACCAACUCUUCUCUCAUUCGCAAGGACCUUGAAUCACGGGUCCUGCUUAUACCCGAUGAAAUUUAACGCUCUUUCGGAAACAGAACAAGAAGAAUGGACCAUCUCCCAAAUCGUAGCGCUCUUAGGCUCUCUCCUCCCUGCACAGGUGCAAGCAGCCUUCAGAAGUAACCAACCUAACGGUGAUGCAGCUGCUUACAAGGGGAAAGUCCUGCUGAGUGUAAUAAAGAGAAAGUUAUUUCAUACAAGCAAAGCGUGGUUUGGUCUUGGUCCCGCGUGCAUGCGGCCCGGCGAUGUCGUUGUGGUCUUCCAUGGAGGGACCUCGCCGUUCGUGCUUCGGCCGGUCGAAGAUAGACCACAUUGUUACUAUCUCAUGGGAGAAUGCUACAUGGAGAAACUGGAGGACGAGGGGGCCUACAAGAUGUUAGGCGAAGGAGGGGUGGAGGAACGGAUGUUCAAUCUGAUCUGAGGUUUGCUUGGGAGAGGAGCGUGUCAACACAAGUCUACGACCAGCGCACAAUGUCGUCUGUCUACAGCGAAAGACUUCACAGAGACGGCAUUUAGUGCACAUAUAUCAGUUCACCUGGAAUACGGCUUCGCAGUGUAGGGUAACAUGGAUAGAUGCACCAAUGCAUGGUUCCUACAG